CCGACGUAAACUGUAAACAAGAGAGAAAGCAUCGUCUGCAUGACAGGGCUCUUCGCUGGGUAACGACUGCAUGGCAAUACCUUGAUCACUUGAUUCAGACUUUAACCGUUGACAGAAGCAAGUUUGGAUGCAAAGGAUGGCUGCGAGGGUCGUGAAAUGGCCGAAGAUAUUGUUAUUUGGAGAUUCGUUGACUCAGCGAUCUUUUAGUCCAGAUGGCUGUUGGGGAGCCCUGUUAGCAGACCAUUUUCAAAGACGUGCAGAUGUAGUAGUCCGCGGCUUCUCGGGCUACAACACUCGCAACUGCUUGGCUCUCCUCCCCUAUGUGGCCACAGAUCUGAAGGACGUUGUUGGUGCCACAGUGUUCCUCGGUGCCAAUGAUGCCAGCGCAGAAAACACCCAGCAGGCUGUUCCUCUCGAAGAAUACUCGGACAACAUGAAGGCCAUUGUCAGGCACUUCCAGAAUGCCGGAGUGAAACCCAUUGUGAUAACUCCCCCGGCACUGGAUGGGGAAGGGUGGAAUAAUUAUUGCAAGGAGACAGGCCGCUGCUACGCCAAAGAUGAGGCACUCACAUCUAAAUACGCAGAGGCUUGUUCAGGUGUAGCCUCGGAAAUGGGGGUUCCUUGCGUUGAUCUCCACACUGCUAUGAUUAACCAGGCUGACUGGAAGAACCUCCUGUGCGAUGGACUACACCUCUCGCAAAGGGGCUCGGAGCUCCUGGCCUCGCUCCUUGCCCCGACUGUAGAGAAACAUCUGUCCUCAAGACUCUCAAAAGACCACAUCCUACCCCUCUGGAAUGAAAUCGAAGCUGACAACUCUGUGGGGGCGUUCAAGGAUUGGUGUGAGAAGAAUGUGUGAAUUUUUCUGGGGUGUGUGGAGUAUUCAGCAUAUUCAGGAAUGUGAUUUCUUGGGCUUCCAGUUUUUCACCUAAACUUCCAGGGUUUUAUAGUUUGGGGAUUGUAAUUUAGAUGUCUAGCUUGGGAAAUAAACAAACAGAUAUCAUAAGUAUUUUGGCUAACAAGAUGCACGAGGAAGUACAAAUAUGGAACAUCACAAAGGUCAUCCUAAAAUAUACAUAUAAUAGACAUAAAUACAAAAAUAAUGGUCAUGUCAACUGUCUCGAGGGAAUAAAGACACUGCAUAAAUUUUUUGCCUCGUUAUGGUUAGAAGUGCUUCUGUUGGCUUGUUUUUUUAUAUCACUUGACGGGAAAAAAAUAAUUGUACGGGGCAGCUUUUUGGGGACACAAAAGGAAAUUAUAUUUUCCUUGCAUAUAUGCCAUUUAUAUGUACGCAUUCAUGAAUCCGGCCAUAUAUGCAUGGUUGCAUGAAUGUAUAUGCCAUUCCUUUAGUUUCUUUUUGCAUUUAUGUUUCCAGUUUCGUAAAAUAUUGCACAUGUAAUUAUCCAUGUUAUUAUCCUUGUAGUGAAGUUCAUAAAGAAUAUACAAGAAA